GAAGAUUACAGUUUAGUCACCACAUGAUCGAUUCCCUGUCACCGGAGGCUAUCACCCUUUCUACUUUCUCUCACUUCCACUAAAUCCCACUCCUUCUCUCUCUACCAUCUCUCUCACCCACACUGGGAGAGCAUUUUCAACGCGAUUUCUUCAUCAUCUCCGAUGUUUUUACCGCUUUGUUUCCGACACCGAAAAACUUGAAAAGAAAACGAAAAAAGAUUGAAUUUUUACAAGUUUUGUUGCGCUUGCUGAACUGACAUGGACUCCAAGUCCCUGAGAUUCAUAACCCACCAAUCAUUCUUCUCCGCCGUCCGAUGCGAUGAUCGGGAAUCGCUCAAGAGCCUCAUCGAAAGUGAAUGGUCUGAUCCAUCUUCGUUGAUGGCCCUUCAAAACGAUGAGAAGGAAACCGCCCUUUAUAUAGCCGCAGAGAAUAAUUUUUUCGAGACUUUUCUCUACUUGCUCAGUUUCUGCGAUUUGGAGACUGUGAAGAUAAGGGCGAAGUCGGAUAUGAAUGCCUUCCAUGUCGCUGCAGCUAAGGGCCACUUGGGAAUCGUGAAGGAACUUGUUAGCAAGUGGCCUGAGCUUUGUAGAGUUUGCAACUCUUCAAACACGAGCCCUCUCUACACAGCUGCUGCCCAGGAUCAUCUAGAUGUAGUUAAUGCCAUAUUAGAUGCAGAACCAGACACAAUAAGGAUUGUAAGGAAAAAUGGUAAAACAGCGUUGCAUACGACAGCAAGAUAUGGCCAAUUGAGUAUUGUAAAAGCACUUAUUGAAAGGGAUCCCGGAAUUAUAGCCAUCAAGGACAAGAAGUGCCAAACUGCUCUGCAUAUGGCUGCCAAAGGUCAGAAUACUGCCGUCAUUGAAGAACUACUAGAAGGUGACAUUUCUAUCUUAAACGAGCGUGAUAAGAAGGGGAAUACUGCUGUCCAUAUAGCUACACGGAAAAGCCGCUCUCAGAUAGUUACGCUUUUACUGGUAUAUAGAUCCAUUGAUGUGAAUGCCAUCAACAAUGAUCGUGAAACUGCAAUGGACAUAGUGGACAAACUCCAGUAUGGAGCGCCCGCUCUUGAAAUUACAGAAGCCCUAACCGAGGCCGGUGGCAAGUAUGCUAGGCAUGUUGGGAAAGUUGAUGAAGCAAUGGAGCUCAAGAGGACAGUGAGCGACAUCAAACACGAAGUCCAGUCCCAGCUCAUCCAAAAUGAGAAGACACAAAGACGAGUCUCUGGCAUUGCCAAGGAACUAAAAAAGAUCCACAGAGAAGCUGUCCAGAACACCAUAAACUCUGUGACCGUCGUAGCUGUUCUAGUUGCCUCCAUUGCCUUCCUUGCAUUGUUCAACUUGCCAGGCCUGUACUCGACGGAUGGGGCAGAGGCUGGAACUGCCAUGAUCCAUGACACUGUUGCAUUCCGUAUGUUCUGCCUUCUUGAUGCCACAGCUCUCUUCAUAUCACUGUCUGUGGUUGUCAUCCAGAUCACAUUGGUUGCCUGGGACACAACGGCUCAGAAGCAGGUCGUCUCUGUGGUGAACAAGAUGAUGUGGGCAGCCUGCAUCAGCACUUGUGGGGCCUUCUUGUCAAUAUCGUUUGUCGUAGUUGGAACGAAGAGCGCUUGGAUGGCUAUAACCAUAACUGUGUUGGGAGUCCCCAUUCUUGUUGGCACUCUGAUCAGUCUUUGCUAUUUUGUCUUCCGGCAGCAUUUUGGGAUGUUUGGGAAUGAUUCUCAGAGACGGAUCAGACGGCCAAGUGGAAGCAAGUCGUUUUCGUGGUCUUACUCUGCACAUAUAUCCGAUUUGGACGACUAUGAAUCUGAUGAGAAGAAGAUUUAUGCAUUGUGAGGUUCGACCAAGAUUUGUAUAUACUGAUUCUAUGCUGCAACCACGAGCGUAAUAUAUAUGCCACGAGAGUCCUCAUUUGUAUAUUGAGAAAACUCUACAUGUGCAUUGAGUAUCAAAUCUAAAUGUACCCAAUUCAUAAAAUAAUAUAAGUAAGGAAUUUCGUCAAAAUCAUGGCAAUAAACUACCAUUAAUUAAGAUAUAAAAUCAAUAGUGGGACAGGAAGGUAAUGAGAAACAAGAAUAAUAUUAGAUGCAAAAGGUGUACUUUACUUAUUAUACAAUUUGUGACAGAUGAAUUAUAACCCAAAAGACAGAAUAUGAAACAAACUCAAUAAUAACAACAAUCCUAGUAAUCUAUCUGGCCCCACAUGGUUUUCAUUAAAAACAACAGAACCACAUGGGUAUAUCUGUCACUUCAUGAGAAAAAGGAAAAGGAUAAGAAAGAAAGAAUAGCUUGGCAAUAUCCAAGCGUUGCUAAAAAAACCCAAUGCCCAUCACCCUUAUGGUUUCAAUUAAAGAAGCUACCAGAAUAUACAAUUUACAAAUUUCUGCUGUUGGAUCUCUCUCUGUGCUCCAACACCCGAACCCACUGUAUAAUUGAAUUUUGACAACACUGCGAAACGAUUAAAGUUGCAACUGCCCGGGACUUCUACGGGAAGAAGUCCUCGAAGGAGGCCUGUUUGUAUCUGGCGCUGCCAAUGCACGGUUUGCUUCUUCCGGUCUUUCUAUGUCCUGUUAAUGUAGUCAUCCGAUGGUUAUAAUUUGCAUACAACAAGUAGGGAAUGACAAACCUUUGAGGAUGCUGAACUGCAACGAAUUUGGGACUGCUUCUUAGAAUGUGAGCGGUGCUGGUCUUGGACUCGGGCAAAGUCCUUCAGCAAUGAGGCAAAGUUUAUCCCAUUAUGGACGUUCCUUGCAUCUGCAUCACCAUCCUCUGCAAUUUGUGAUCCGCCAACAUGAUUAACUUCUGUGAAAGCCUUCCCUGGUGAAGGUCGCUUGAAUUGUUCACCACUGAAUGAAUACGGAGGUACAGUUUUUAAUCGGGUCCGGAGUAUCUUGAAUGCUACACUUUGCUGCAUCAAUGGAUAAAGAACAACUAAUGAAAAGCAGUACAUGGUGUUCGCAGUGAACAAAUGAUUUAGUUUACAGAAAUUCGGCAACUAUACUAAUAUCAAUAAGCCUUUUGUUUUAAACUGAUGCUUGUACCCUCAACAUAUAAAAUUAUAAAACGCUUAUCUCUUCAUCGUA